AUUUGGCGCUAUUUUGUAGCUUUGUUGGACGCCAUGUUUUUAUUUAAUGGUCAUAUUUUGCUGUUUCAUACUGACGUGGUUCAGAAUGUAUAGUAAUUUUGAUUUUAAGAGUUGAAAGUUAUAAAAAUAGUGCAUAUUCUAAUCGGUGUUGUGAAAAGCAUUUGAUAAUGUCUACGGUGUAUUAUUUGUGACGUGAAUACUUGCAAAGAAUUUAAUUUGUCAACAUGUAUUCAAUCGGAAAGCUGAUCUCAAACGUAAAGGAGUUUUAUAACGAUAUAAACAGUGCAACAUUAACUGGUGCUAUUGAUGUGGUUGUCGUGGAGCAAUCGGAUGGAAAUCUGGCAUGUUCUCCGUUUCAUGUACGGUUUGGGAAGCUGGGUGUACUGCGUAGCCGAGAAAAAGUAGUUGAUAUUGAGGUCAAUGGGAACACAAUCCCACUUCAAAUGAAACUUGAUGAUGCCGGUGUGGCAUUCUUUGUCGAAGAAAUUGAAGAGAGCAGUGUACCCAGUGAUCCCUAUAUGAUGUGUUCACCGAUACCUCCAGACCAACCACGUAAAAUGUUGGAUGAAUGUUUUCCAGAAGUGCCAGUAAACGAAGUUGAGGAAGUAAAUUUUCCAUUAUUAUCUGAAUCUAAGAAUAUUACUUUGCGUUCAACUAUUGCCUCAGAAAUAAGCUUCAAAAUGUAUGAUAAUGUUGUGCCAACAGAAGAGAGCAUUGAGAGUUCCAUUGGAUCGGUUAUUAAAGAAGUACGUUUUGUAGAUACACCUAAAGAAUCUGAGCACACGUGCAAGGCAGAUGAUAGUUCGAAGGUUAUUGAAGAUAGUGUACAAGACAACGAUUCAAGUCUAGCAAAUAUGUUGCCUGGAGAUUCUUUUACAUUAUUUCCAAGUCCCCAAGAUUCAAAUGACGUGUCACCUGAUGCAACUAAGUGCUUCAGUACUCCUUUGACAGGACAUUUAAUUGCUGCUCUAAAGAUGAAGAUUGAGCAAGAAGAAAUAAGUGAUAUUACUGACACAACACUUGUUGAAACUCAUAAUGAAAGUACUGACACCUCUUCAUCAUGCAGUUUACCAGUUAAAAAGCCAGAGAAACUUCUAAUGCUAUCUGGCCUUACCUCAAACUCUGAAAGUAUAGAACCUAAUACUAAAUAUGAUGAUGAGAUAUCACACCAGUCUAGUGAGUCUUCGUGUACAUAUGAUUCAACUCCAAGUGAAGAUGAACGAGAGAAGUCUAAAGUGACAUCUAGGGAUGAAGAUACCAUUGCACAAACGAAAGAUGUUUCAAAAUCAUCUACAGUGGGAAUGAAAAGGAAACGCCGCAAGAAGUUUAAUUCUAAGAAAACAGCCCAAAAGAAGAACUUGGCUGAGAUAGAAGUCUCCACUGCUGUUUCCCAUGUAGUUGAAGAGCUGAAGGAUGGGGCCAUUACAUGCUCUUUUCGUUCAGCAACAGCAACUACCAAAAUUGAUGAUUUUACCACAACAGGAUCCUAUCAUACAGCUAAAAGCUUUGAACGUGAUUUUAAAUCAGCUUCAGUUACACAGGAAUUGAGUAUUGCCAGUGCUAAAAAAUUACAGCACAGUGAGCCGGUCAUAGUUGAAGCUGAUGAGGAUGGAUUCUCAGCUGAAUUGUCCAAUAUGCAACAUUCUCAAAUGGAUGAAAACUAUGCAUUUUUCAGCGAUACCGAACUAGCAGAAGGCAGCAAUGAUGAUGAUCAUUUUCCUUCUGAUACUGAAUGCGUCCUCAAGCAUAAAGAUGAUGCAGAAGGACAAGAUGAAGAGCAGGAACAGUCAUGGCGUUGGGGUGAACUGCCGACUCCACCUCCUCAGGUGGCCUCUAUUCCCAGCAAAGACACUUCUAGUCUGUGUGAAGAAACUGGUGUGAAAAAUGACGAGAAAGACAACAAACAAGCAUAUGUUGCUAAGCAGCCAGGAAGGUUGUUAUUUAAUAUGUUUAAUUUUAUGAACAUGACCAAGAAAAUUCGACGAAAUCCAGAAUCUGAGGGUAUUUAUUUAGAAGAUUUGGAUUCUGGAGAUAUUACGCCUGAAGUUGCUGCCCUGUACUUCCCUACCUAUCGACGUUCUCAGUUGAAUCAGCCAACUGGCCUGUUCACAGAGUCAUCUAGGGUUGGUGGUGGUUAUGGUGGUGGUGGUGGCGAUGCUGACAUUUUAUCUGGAGAUUCUGAACCAUCGCAUAUUUCCUUAGAAGAAAAUAUUACAACUGAAUAUUCGGAAUUUGCCCUGUCUCUGUGUGGAAAACAGAUUUUCACAACUGCCAAUAAGAAAGAAACAUUUGAGAAAGAAAAGGUGACUUACGACAUGUUUGUAAAUGACUUGGAGAUUAUUGGAAAUCCCAAUCUGAUUGUGUGCUGUGCCGGACAAUAUAUGACAUGGGGCUCUGCUCUGCCUCAGAUCCUGUCGGUAACAAUUUUCAAAAAAUGUUUGCCAAAGGAUUUAGUAGAAAAGUUGCAUGACAAGUAUGAACAAGGUGUUGUGGAAGCUGCGUCUGAUGAGCAUCCGCUAGAAGAUUCGCAGCUAUCUAGUGGGACCAGCUACAAAUCAUGGUUACCAUGGCGGCGCUCACCAGAAACUAGAGACACCAAAUUGACAGAUGGUGACCUUGUACAUAAGACUGAAGAGAGUGCCAGUGCUUCAUGCAUGAUUGAUGAGAAAAACUUAUCUUCUGUUCGCCCUAAGUCUCUACCAGAAUUGACAUCGGUGCUGCAAGCAAAAAAGCAGCCUAUUCCGAUAAUUAAGAAAGAUUUAUCUGAUGGUAACAGUGACAGAAUCGCAAGUACUGGUGCAAAUGAUGGUUCUUCUGGCUCCGGAUCAUCGGACGACUCAGAACUGGUGGGCAAACCAUAUCCUCGUCAAGCUUUUGAUACCAGUACUAGCCGCUUCCGUCUGAAAGACAAACUGCACCGUAAAACUUUGCGACUUACAUCAGAGCAGUUGGUGUCACUAAACUUGCGACCGGGUCUUAAUAAAGUAGUUUUUAGUGUAACUACAGCAUAUCAAGGAACAACACGAUGCAUGUGCCAUGUAUAUAAAUGGCGUUACUCUGACAAAAUCGUCAUUUCUGAUAUUGAUGGGACAAUCACAAGGUCUGAUGUUUUAGGCCAUGUUUUGCCAAUGCUGGGAAAGGAUUGGGCACAAAGUGGUGUUGCUGAGCUCUUCACGAAGAUUUCUAACAAUGGAUAUAAGUUACUCUAUCUGUCAGCCAGAGCUAUUGGUCAAUCAGAUGUUACCCGUGAGUACUUGAAGUCUGUGAAACAGAACAAUCUCUCCUUGCCUGAAGGCCCUGUGCUGUUGAGUCCAACUAGUCUCCUCAAUGCAUUUCACAGGGAGGUAAUCGAGAAGAAGCCAGAGCACUUCAAGAUUCCGUGUUUGAAGGAUUUGGGUAAACUUUUCCCAUCCAACAAAGAACCUUUGUAUGCUGGAUUUGGAAAUCGUGACAGUGAUUGUUUCACAUAUUCAAUGGUUGGGAUACCAGAAGAUAGAAUUUUCACCAUCAAUAGUCGUGGAGAAGUAAGGCAUGGAUUGAUGCAGGUCUUAAUAUCAUCCUAUGCAAACUUGACUGAUAUAGUUGACCAGCUAUUUCCUCCUCGUGCGGAACGCCAAGAAGCAGAUCGCUAUACCUAUUUUACCCAUUGGAGGCCACCGGUUCAGUACAUGAACGAGUAUGAGUGAUGGAAACGACAAGCAAACGAUAUUGGGUUUGAAAUGGCUUGCACUUGCUCAAUAUUGUACUUUCUCAUAUUGUACUGAAUUUAUGCCUAAUAUUGUCCAGAUUUUCAUUGAAGCAAGUCAUUUUUAACGAACAACAUGUUGCAGAGAUGUAUGUUAAGGACUUGUAUUCAAGUGGGGUUUUUUUUCUUCAUAUUCUUUGUACUUUUUGUGCCAUAAGGUUUUCAUCAAACAUUAUUUAUUGACUGUGUAAUUUGCUGCGUAAAUUUUACUUGUAAGUGCAACUCAGUCUCUUGCACGUGUAAUGUUCUUUCAUGUUUCCUGUAUACUGUAUUUUUGUUUAACCUUCUUCUUGUUCUGUACUUUCACAGUUAUGAUUUUUCCUGUAACUAGAGAUGAGAUACUGUAUUUAAAAUAUUGUUGAAGAAAUUUGUGAUUUUUAUCUGGUGUUUUCUAAAUGCCUAUGUUAUAACUCUACAAAAACAGUUUUAAUUCUGUUGUUCAUGAAACUAUAAAAUGAUUUAUAUUUCUUGCCACUUAUUGUUGUUAAUAUUUUUAACAAAAAUAUUAAAUUUGGCUAUAGUAACAGUUAAUAAUUUGUAUUUCAGUAUGGCAAUAUCUUGUCUCAAACAGUGGUUUUUAAUUUAUUGUUCUGAGUAGCCUAUAGAUAUUUUUAAAUUUUUUGUGUAGGUAACUUUUUGUUUGUGACUAACCUACAAAUAUAUGUAUUUGAAACAGUAUUGUGGUGCCUUAGAAGUAAUUGCAACGAAGAUUGCAUUGUAGGAGUAUUUUCAGCGGAAAAUCUUAAGUUAAGCAGUAAUAAUUCAAAUUUUUUAGAAAUGAUUGUUGGCAUUUCAUGUAACUAUAACAAACAUUUCUAUUAUUUUUCUUCCCCACAUAUUUGUUUGGUGUAUGUGUAAAAAUGUAACAAGGCUGCGAUCCCUGAAGGUCAAUAUUAAUUUGUAGAAGCUGUAUGAAGAAAAGUUGCUGUUUGGGUCCCAUACAGGUGUGUUAGUUUACUGAGUUUAGUUUUGUACUCACAUUCCUUAGUUGGUCCAAUCUAAGAUGAGUUAUUUUUAAAUUUUAUAAAACUGUGUGUUAUUAUUACUAUAACUAUCAAUUCACUGUCCUGUUGAGUAUGUUAUCAAUAAUGCAGUUGAUUAUAUCCGUAGUAUUCUCAUCUCUAGUUAAAUAUUAGUUUUAAGAUGUAGUGUCUCUAUCUUAAUUUUCUAUUUUGAAGAAAAGGUGAAAGAUAUUCCUUUUCAGUAAGUUCUUGCAUUUAUCUUUCAUUAUUUUGAGGUUAAAGAACCUUAAAAUGUUUCCUAAGUGUGAUUUUUCUGUGUUUGGUCAAACAUGUUUUCACAAUUUCUUUUCAAUUCAUACAUUUAAAAUGUAUGAAUACGGGUAUUAGUGCACGGACUGAACAUAAGUGCAAUUUUGGCUGUGAUUUAAAAAAAAGUAGAUUGAGAGAGCAAACUUGAACUAUAAUUAGAUGUAGUGUCAUAAAUCAAAAUUGUUUGGUACUUGAACAACAAUCUGUGUUAUUUUCCAAAUCUAUGUAUGUGUAGUCUCCUUUCUUUCAUGAAAGUAACCAAAGGAAAUUUUGUGUCUUGAAGGCUGUUUCCAAAUAGUAAGGAGGCAUCCUUGACUGAUGCAGCGUUAACCAAAGGAUCCUUUAAUACAGAAACUAGUCUUGAAAGGAUGUCUGAAUUCUUGCAACGUUAACACAACCUGGUGUAUCAAACAGGAAGUACAUUUUCAGCAGUAAUUUUUUUGUGUUUAUAGAAUUAUUUGCUAGCAAUUUUCAAGCAUUAUUUAAUUUGUUUGCAUUCAGAUUUAUCAGUUCACAAUAAUAAAUGAGAAUGGGGACAGCAGUUAGGUGGCUCAGCUAUAUCAUCACAUUUCUACUAAAUAGAACACCACAAGCCUCUGAAAGAGCACAAGAAUGCCUGUAAGGAUGCGAGCAACUUGUCCUUUUGCGAAAAGCAACAACAGUGAUUCUGUUAGAAUCUGUGCAACUAUUCAGAAGGUUGACAUAAAUGGUUGCCAUCUGUUGCUUUUUCAAGGGUCCUUUAAGAAGGUACAUAUUUGGAAACAGCCAUAGUCAUUGUUUAUCUUACUAGCACUUGCAUGGGUAUGGCUUGUUUAUCUUCUUGGGCAAGAAGUAGAAAAAGCUUUCCUUGUUGUUUUGCUUUAAAAUUACAACUAUAUAGUCAUGUGGAAAUAAGAAGUCACUAUUUUUGCAUAAAAAUAAAAAUCAACUUUGAGAAUAUGGUCAAAUAUUUAUUUGCUAUGCCUAACAAUUAAAAUAUAUUGCUGUAAUUUGGGGUUCUUUCUUGGAAAUGGAAACAGAGAUAUGGGAAAGAAACAGGCAAAACAUUUUGUCACAAUCAUUUAUAAUUAUGUUUGGUGCAUUUUAGCUGAUCCCAGUAACUUGGGUUCUACCUUCCUCCUGGUUGACUGUGGCAUUCUUCCUAUUUUGACGGUCACCUUAACCUCUCUUUCGUGACUUGUGGGGACAUUGUCUCAAAUUUGUGUUAGUUGGAGGCCACUCCUUACCAGAGUUAAAUAUGUUGUUUAUAUUUACAUUCAUUGGCAUUAAAUUACAUGUCAACCAAUGUUUUAUUGUAUCCAGAAUUACAACAAAUUUCCUUUUAACAAAAAAGUGUGCUAAUUUUAAAUUUUAAAAUACUUCUAAGUUCUAGAUCUUGCCAAGUGUGUCAACCCCGUAUUCAGCUAUGAGAGCUAUCGUGCUUUUCAUUAUGAGAGGCUUGUUUUCAAGACUUCCUUGCAAAUCAUUUAAUUGGUGCAUUAGAUUAUCUCCCUUCCAUUUCACCCCGAUUUGCAGGAGUAACUUUCUGUGGGAAACCUGUAAGUAGUGCAUGGUAAUUUUAUUAUAAUUUAUCUAAAGGGGAAAAAAAAAGUAUUCCUAUUUUGUUCCUUAUAUACUUAAUAUUGAUUGCCUGAUCCAGUAACAUGGGUCUUGCACUUUUUGCUUGUUGUAGAAAAUUUUAGUGGGCAUGUGCUCAGCUUGAAAAAUGUCUAUGCUGUUUGAAAAGUUCAGGCGUUUAUUUAUGCAUAGUAUGUAUGUCUGCUACUAUUGUUUUCCAGGUUUUUUUUACAUGAAUGUGACAAAGUUGUACUGUAUUUGUGUAUUAGCCUUGCAUGUUAAAAAUAAUUAAGUAUAUUGUGCAAUCAACCAGUGUGGCACAAAAAAACAAGCUUUAUUUGGAAAAAUUUAUGCAUUGUAGUACUUUUAUACAAUUAAAGUGUUUCCAAAUAAUUCUCUACAAGUUAUCUAACAUGAAUACACAUUUUUCAGGAUGCACAAUUAUUUGUUUGUAUUCAGAAUGAAGCAUACAUGUUAGCUAUUCAAUAGUACAUCAAACAUAGUUCAUAAUUAAAAAAUUGUUAUCUUUUGCUUUUUCAUUUAAAUGUGUCUUUUUUUUAUCAUAGUUGCAGUGUGUUCAAUGGUGAAAUGUGAUACUAGUAUACAGGUAAGAUUAUUAUGAAUAAAAUUUGCAGGGACACACUUUCAAAACAAUUGUAAAGGAUAACUUAUGAAAUGCUGAUAAGGAUACCAAACGUAGUCUAAAAUGUCCAAUACACCUAUGGUCUAUAAGACUUUUUCAAUGGUAAGCACAUUUUGUUAGUCAAAGGUCUGCCUGUCAUGCAACCCAGUAUGGCUUCUGCUCUGCCCUGUAGUUGAAAUCUUUUAUGUUUGUGUAUGUUACAGCAAAUAAAUAAAUAUAUCAAGGUUUUCAUUCACCAUUUUAUUGAAAAAUUAUGAGAAUUUAUUUUAAAAUUCUUUCAUCAGUUAUGGAUUUUUCUCUAAUAUCUUACACAGUAUUAUCUAGUUACAAAAUAGUUUAUUUUAUAGGAAUUUUCACUUUUAAUAAUGUAAUUACAAAUACUACAAGCUAUCUUAUUUACCUGAAUAAAAGACUACUCAGAUGCAAGACGAGGCCACCAUUUGACUUUAAUCAGUAGAAAAUUAUUUUGAGUCUCAUAUAUGGAAAUUUGUUGAAAUAUUUUAUAUUGAAACAGCCAAAAUUUAAACACAAAACCAAUUAAAAUGAAGCUGGCUAGUUUCAUUGGCAUUUCUAUCCUUACUUUCAUAUGCCACCAAAUUAAUACUUUAAUAUUAAAUGCAAUUACUUUGCUAAUAAAAAAAUUAUUGCUUUCUUUUGUUUCUAAACUAUAAAAUUGAAUUAAUGUUGAGAAUCAGAAAAUUUCUUCCUACUUCCUAAGAGCUUUUUGUUAAUUUUCACUAGCACUUAGGUGCUGUCAUAGAUAUAAAGAUACUCGGCAAGACUGCAACACCUCUACAGAACAUUGUUCUUUGAAAUAACUAUAGAAAGCACAAAAUGGAUUUGUAUUCACUUUUUAUCUUUUUUUGCUUAACUUUUCAUCUCGUAUUUAUCUAUGAAAUUUAUAAAAAAAAACAACAUGGCAGCUGAUACAGGUUAUGUGUGUGGUCAAUAUUUUGUCAUUUUUAAAUAGUGUGUAAAGUUUACUUAUUUAAUUAUGUCACAGUUAUUGCUAAAGUCACUUAAAUAAAUGGUCUAUGAUAUAGCUUUGCAUUUACUUUAGUGGCAAGCAGGAAAAAUUAUCAAAAUGUGAAUAUCAUGAUACCCCAAAGUAAGAUAAAUAUAACUAAUUGUAUGCACGAAGUUUGGGAAAAAUCCUUGUCUAGCAUUCAGGUAAAUAAGGUAUGAGAUAAUUUUUUUACAAAUACCAAAAUGAAUUUUUUUUUUUUUUUAUAGUUACAUUUUGAGUUUUCACUAAAGGUGCUCUUAAGUUGACUAAUUGGUCCAGCGAUUUAUAGGUACUCAACUUUGAAAUGCUUGCAUUAUAGCUCUUUUGUAUGUUCAAGACUGUAUGCUUCGCAUCAAAAAAAGGUGAUUAUGUCCAGCACAUACAGAUUAUAAAAAAGUAUUAGAACAUUCAAAACUGGAUAUUUUGUAAACAUUGUGCAUUCAUUGGAAGACCUUUUAAAACCGGUAGUGGCCCCACUAACCCAAAUUUGUGUGGUGCUAUCUUCUCUGUGCAGUAAAUGCCUGGUUUAUAUUUAUGAAUUUGGAGAUUAAUGGAUAAUCUUUUUGGUUUUGGGAUUUUGUUGUGCUGAGAGUUCAAAUAAUUUGAACCAAUUAACAAUUAUUAAACCAUUUUGCAGCUGGAUGUACAGAUUAUUUCAGAGAAUUUCUGUUGGUUUCUUGUUAAUAACUAGUCGUGUAUUUCCUGAUAUUUCUUAUUUAUUCUGCAAUGCAAAUACUAUUUUUGGCAAAUGUUUUUCGUGAUUAUAUGGUAUACUUUGUCAUAAACACUAUUAAAAUGGCAAUAAAUUUAAAAUGCCACAUUUCUGAGCUUUAGUUACAUUGGGAUUUUGAAAAGAUAAUUAUGUGCAUUGUUUAGGAGUAACUGUGGUUGCAGAUGUUAAUGUUAUAAUGCUUACUGCAGAAAGAUGUAACACAUUUUUGACCAUACAUUGCUUGUUGUACCUUGUUAUCCCAUAUUUUAUGGUAAUAUGUUGAUUUAUGUAUUUAAUUAUUUAUGAUGGAUUAACAAUGCGGAUUUUUGUUUGCUUGUGUGUGUUAAUUUUUUUUGUGAGAUAAACUGUUUACAUGUAUAAGUUUUUCAUUCAUAUUUAUAAUAAUUAAUUUGGGCAUGAUAUGCUGAUUAAAUAUUUUGUCUUGAAACCAUUUGCUGGAAAAAAAAAUCAAAAAGAAUAAAAAAUAGUUUUAAAUUUAGCUAAUGACUGUCAAAGUACUCAUUCCGUUAACCAUUAGAUAGUUUUCGAGCGAAGCGAGUUUAAUUUUACAUAUUGGCAUUAUGAAUACCUAUAUAAUCGCAGUUUAACUAUGUAAAAGUUUAUGGUAACACUUUCUUUACAAUUUGAAGGGACGAAAAGCAGUCACUAUGUUUAUGUAAGGAAUGAUCUUUAUCACUGAUAAAGUGUUUCCAUAUUCUACACACCUUCGUUUGGUUACCAAGGUAUUUAUGUGAAUGUGAAAAACCAAUUUGGUCUUGAUUAUACCAACAAAAAAUCUUAAGGUUGAAGGUUUAUUAAAAUUGGACCUGUAUAUGUUUAAAACAAGUGAAUUGGUAUAUAGAUGUAACAAAAGGGCUUCAAAAUUAUUUACAUACGUAUUUAUAACCUAGAUUUCAUUUUUUUCUACUUGGUCUGUUUUGGCUUACGAAAUCUGUUCCAAUUUGCCUAUGAAUAAAUUGGCAUACACUGGAGAGCCAGCCAGCUUAAAAUGCUCAUCUUUGUGCCCACAUGGUAAAGGUUUUAUCAUAAAAUGAGUCCUUUUUCCACCAAGAAAAACAGCCAUUUCUGGCACCAAAACCAAAGAUAGUAACUCAAGACAUCAGACUGCUUGUUAUAUACCACAAAACUUUCAAGAAACUUCCCACUAUUUCCAAUUUCUGCAUGCAAGAUGCUAUUUUCCUAACAAUUCACACUAAACUUGUUCUCAAAAUAAUCCACAUUGAUGUUGAAAUGACCACCUAACCUUUGUAACGAUUUACAAUAUUGCACUCUAGAACAAAUUCCAAGGGCUCUCCUGCAGAAUCCAUCAGGGGAUCUUAUCCCUUACAUAACCAUCACUGCAUCUCUUGUGCCAUUCAUCAACCUUCCACUUUGUUCAAAUAUGUACUGAUCAGCUGAACAUUUUUCUAUGGUGUUAACAACAGUGCCUCAGCAAACCUGAUAAACCAGCUGCAAGCAAUUACUUCAGUGUGAAAUACAUCUGCCUCAACAUGAAUACCCUCAGGCAAAGCAUUAAUAGCUACAUAGAGACCAUAGAAAUCACAGGUUGGGCCAACAGCCAACUCGGCUUGCACACACAGUAUUUUACAACAGUCAUUUUGACUCGCAUUCAACCACCUUCCAUCAAUAGCUCAGAACUAAGGUCUUGAGAACUAGUUAAUCAGUUAUUUUUCUAAUCCAGGCAGCCUUCAGGGAUUAUUGUAAGAUUAUUUUAUUUUUGUUUGCAGACUGGCGUUAGUCGUAUUUUGUAUUUUUGCAUCUGUAUUUCAGUUUUUUGUUUCAAAUUACGAGCUCCUCUCUUAUUCACUAGGUUUUCCUAUGACUCUCAAGUGAACAACCUCCCAAUUCAAUUUUCUGUGUUUUUGCUGAGAAUGCCAUUCGAGAGAGUUGAAUGUUACAUAUGCACAAAAUAUUGUUUUCCUAUCUGCAAGUAUAAAAUUUUGUUUAAAUUGCUGUGCACUAUUCAUUUUAAUUAAAAAUUAUUAACUUUUUUUUUAGUUGGUUAAUGAGUAAAAGACAAUUUGUUUACACCAACUGAUUUUGACGUAUGAGUACUUAAUAUUUUAAACCAUGCAGUGUUGUAGGAAUUUGGGAAUUUUUUUUGUUUGAAGUGGUUUAGAGUAAUUUCAAAAACUUAUGCAUGUAAACUAUUCUGUUUUGUUAGUUACAUACAGCAUGAAGAAUGCUAGUUUUAGUUUAUUUGAAGUUUUAGAAGGAAAUUUUGUUUCAACAAUAUCCAAUCGAUAUUUUCAAGCACUUGCUGUUCAUGUAACUACCUGAAGCAGUUUUUAUUUAAUAGUGCAUUAUUUCUUUUGGUCAUUAACAAUGUUAUUAUGGUCUCAUGCCAAGUUCCUAAUUUCUUUGGUAGCCUUUGAAAAGCCAGAAGGGUAAUUUUGUAUUUGGUUCACACUGAAGGGUGAUUUUGUUUUUUUAUUUAGUUCACACAGAAGGGUGAUUUUGUUUUUGUAUUUAGUUCACACAGAAGGGUGAUUUUGUUUUUGUAUUUAGUUCACACAGAAGGGUGUUUUGUUUUUGUAUUCAGUUCAGAAUUUGAAUUAAAAGGGCUGUUAAAUACCA